CUGCCGUGCAGCGGAGAUUUGAUGGAAGCCCUCUCCCCGGGGCAUAUGUCGAGUGCCAGCCUUCCCCCACUCCGUAACCUGCCCCAGUGGUCCCGGGUUGGGACCGUCCAGAGGAGCCGCUAUCCCCGCUCCUUCUUCCAGGACAAUGUCAAGCACCUGCCCUUGUCACCCAAUGCAAAGACACCCAAAAGUGAGGUCCCGCACCAGCUCAGUCCCCUGUACGAGCAGCGGGAUGUUGACCCCAACCUGCGGGUAGUCACCCUGGAAAAGAAUCUGAAAUUCCUGCAGGAACAGCACUCGGAAACACUGGACAAACUACAUCAGGAAAUCGAACAGCUCAAACGGGCUAAUCAAGAUCUCCAUUUCAAAAUGAUAAUGAAUCAGAGGUUGACCCCUCAAGUGGGGAGUUCAAUGUGCGUUAGUCCAACUGGUCCAAUCUCAGAUACUACCCAAAUGAGUUCCAGAGACCAUUCUACAGGUAGAAAGCAUUCUCAGAAAGGUAAUCAGCGCCGAGCUGUACAGCAAGAAGAUCGUGUCAAGGAGCAAAGGAUAGCACUGAAAGAGCCACAGAAGCACAACUCUGCUCGGCGAAAACUCUCCACAGAGGCAGCUAACAGGAGGAACAAUGGAUCUGAAGCCUCACAGCAAUCCAGUUUAGUCUUACCUGUGCUGACUCUUCAACCAGAAUUAGAUGAGACACAGAUACUUGUUACAUCACUCACUCCCCUUUUGAUCCAGAUAGAUCCUUCUGGAUCACCUCGAGCUCCAACAUUGCAGGAAUGUGCAAUCAUCGUCCAACACUUGCAUAAUACCAACAGCUUACAGUCUCAGGAGCUCCUACGUUUGAAGACGAGUUUGAAAGAUCUGCUAUACUCCAACAAAUGGACUCCGGAUGCCUACCUCCUUGCUAAGGCUUACCUAGCUGAUUUGAGUCAGGACCGGGAUGUUGUGCAGCUUCCCAAAGUGCCUUUGAAAGAACCACCAAAAAAACUGCCUGAAACUGUGCUACCGACAGCAGAUAGAGUCAUGCUUCCUGCACUGAAGAAUACAGUGGGAAACCGAGCCACAGAGAGACAGAGGCGAUUGCAGGCCGUGCAGAAGAACCGCUGUCGGAAGGUUCUGCUGUAGUACUCUGAGUCAAUGAGAGACUCCAGUGCACAAAAGCUCUAUGGUCACAAAAUUUAUAUCUGCACUUAAUAAUCUCACGCACAUGCACUCUUGUGGACAUUGAUAUGAA